ACUGGCCCCGUUCAAUUUUGUGUAAGAAGCAGCCUAUGCAGUAGGCGCGACCGCUUAAGAGGAAAUUUGGGGCGGGGAAGAGAGGAGUCAUGGGAGAUGGUAAUACUACCACCGGCAGCAAUCGGUCCAACAACAACAACAACAGUAAUAAGCCUGAGUGGCUACAACAGUACGAUCUGAUAGGGAAAAUUGGGGAAGGUACCUAUGGUCUUGUAUUCCUCGCAAGGAUCAAGUCUGCCACGAAUCGUGGAAAAUCAAUUGCCAUCAAGAAAUUCAAGCAGUCCAAGGAUGGAGACGGAGUCUCUCCCACUGCUAUCCGUGAAAUUAUGUUACUCAGGGAGAUAACGCAUGAAAAUGUUGUGAAGCUUGUGAAUGUUCACAUCAACCAUGCCGAUAUGUCUCUGUACCUAGCUUUUGAUUAUGCUGAGCAUGACCUUUAUGAAAUCAUUCGGCAUCAUAGGGACAAGGUCAACCAUUCUAUUAAUCAAUAUACUGUUAAGUCAUUACUUUGGCAGUUGCUCAACGGACUAAACUAUCUGCAUAGUAAUUGGAUAAUUCAUCGAGACCUUAAGCCAUCAAAUAUAUUGGUUAUGGGUGAAGGAGAGGAACACGGAGUUGUUAAAAUUGCUGACUUUGGACUUGCAAGGAUAUAUCAAGCCCCUUUAAAGCCAUUAUCUGAAAAUGGAGUUGUUGUUACCAUAUGGUAUCGUGCACCUGAGUUGCUUCUUGGGGCAAAACAUUAUACCAGUGCUGUUGAUAUGUGGGCUGUUGGAUGCAUUUUUGCUGAGCUGUUGACACUAAAGCCACUAUUCCAAGGAGCAGAAGUCAAAGCCACACCCAAUCCAUUUCAGCUUGAUCAACUUGACAAGAUAUUUAAGGUUUUAGGCCAUCCCACAUCAGAAAAGUGGCCUACCCUAGCAUAUCUUCCCCAUUGGCAACAAGAUCUUCAGCGUAUACAAGGGCACAAAUAUGACAACACUAGCCUUUGUAAUGUUGUACACCUACCUCCAAAAAGUCCUGCUUACGAUCUCCUAUCAAAGAUGCUUGAAUAUGAUCCUCGAAAGCGGAUAACGGCGGCACAAGCUUUGGAACAUGAGUAUUUCAAAAUGGAACCACUACCUGGGCGGAAUGCUCUUGUGCCCUGCCAACCUGGAGAGAAAAUUGUGAAUUAUCCCACUCGUCCAGUUGAUACAACAAUAGAUUUUGAAGGGACAACCAAUUUGCAACCUUCUCAACCGGUUUCAUCUGGAAAUGCUGUUUCUGGUAACAUGACAGGCGGUCAUGUAUCAAAUAGACCUGUCCCUCGGCCAAUGAAUGUUGUUGGCAUGCAAAGGAUGCCACCUAUGCAAGCUUAUAAUCUUGCAUCCCAGGCGGGGAUGGGUGGUGGAAUGAAUUCUAGCAUCCCUAUGCCACGAGGUGUUGCACAGGCUCAUCAGCAGCAGCAGUUGAGAAGGAAAGAUGGUGGAAUGAUGUUGCCUGGAUACCCUUCACAGCAAAAGUCUAGGCGUAACUAAGGUUUUCCCUGGAGAUACAAGUACAGAUCAGAUUGUGCUCAACAUUCGGGCACUUGGAACUCAUUCGGGAUCCCAAGUUCGAAUGGCUUACCUUCAUUGGUUCCUGGCCUAGUGCAGUCAAAAAGAUCUUCUACUCUGCAAUGGAUGCCACAGCUUGAGCUACAAUGAUAUGCCAAUGGAAUCCAUUGGAGGGAAUAAAAAUGGUGUUGAUUAAGCUACUGGAAUCAUAUGUAUAUCCUGAUUUCCACUGUACAAUCUCGUAUUUCGUUAAGACUCCCAGAGCUUAUAAUAUUCAUUAUAGCAUCCAAUACGUUUCCUCUGAAAGGGAACUCACGUAGUUUCCUCUGACCAUGUAAUAUUAUUGUACUGAAAAAUAUUGCUUCACAUCAGUGGAGAUCUGAGUCAAGUUAUUAGUCAUCCAGAUGGAAUUAGAUUAUUUUUGACAGAUCUUUUCCAUUGACAUGGCAUUCUUUUAGUUGAACAUUUUUCUGUCGUUGUAAUUGAUUGUGACAGAAUUUUGACGCAGGAAAGUAGCCAAAUCCAUGGCGACUUGGCCCUCAAUUUCAGGAAUUGAACAUGAGUCGAUGA